AAUAAAAUAAUAUUUUCGCGCGUUUUCUGCAAAGUUUCUUACGAUUUUUUUUUGAAUUCCGGUAAAUAAACUUUUUAGUGACUUUUAUUUGGAUGUUACUUUAAUUUACAAGGAGAUUAAAAGAAUAUGGCUCGAACAAAGGCUUCUGUGGGCUCUAAAGUGUCUGCGGGAAAGAGCAGUAAGGCUAGAUGUAGUGUUGCACCACCAGCCAGCAGCUCUGGAGCCUCUGGCAGUUCAGACCGCACUUCCAAGACCAGUUCUGGAGGCAAUCCCGUCUGUCCUCGAGAGACACCCAAGUGGCAGAGACCCAUCACCAACUUCUUCAUCAACAAGGAUGAACCCAAGAGGCGGGAGGAUGAACCGAUGGAUGAUGAGGAAGCGGGCACAUCGAAACCAAAACAGAAAAAAUCUAACAUAAUACAUUCAGAUACUGAAGACGAAGUAUUAGUUGAAAAACCAAAAAACACAGUUUUAGACGAAACUAUUGAUUUAGAACCACUUAAUGGAGAAGAAUGCCAUAAAAUUGAAGAAUAUUAUCCAAAAGGAGAAAAGGGGAAAGGCGUGGGUAAGAAAACUAAGGGAAAAGAGAAUAGAGAAAGCAAGAGAUUGAGAGAAGAAGAAGAAAUAGAGAAUGCCAGUAAAAGAGUUAAAGUUAUGAGUUGUUGAGCAGUAGUUUUUAUUAUAGUGAGAUAAUAUUUGAAUAGUGUUGGACAAAAGUAUUACUUUCCUGUUAAAAAUGUAUUGUUUUCUAAGCCAAGAUUGAUUGAAAAUGAUUAAAAAAAAAAUUAACUGUCUUUUAAAUGUACUGCUAAAAAUCAUACCCACAAUAGUUGGAUAUGUAGUCACAAGUUAUAAUUAGAAUCUGCCGGGGCUGCGGGAUUGUUCGCGCGAGUUACCGCGGCGCUGGUACAUAAAGGGCUUAAGAAGGAACAUGGUGGGGUUUAGUCAGUAAGAGUCUGACACUGAUAAUUUCCCAUUUAAAAAGGCAUAACAAAUAGACUAAUAGUAACCAAGAAAAUAUACAUAUGUAGGUAAUUAUGAUGAAUUAAUUCAAGUGUAAAUUACUUACAUUAUAAAUGUGAAAGUAACUGUCUGCCAAAACUACUGAAACAAUUAAAAUGUUUGGUACAGAUAGGACAUCAAGCAGCCUUAAUCUUUUUCUCUUAUCUUUCCUGCAAGAUUUUUGUCAUUACAAAGCAGAUGGAACUGUGGGGAACAGUGUAAUUUAAAAAUCUGCUGUUUAAAUAGUUAUUUAAGAAAACCAUUGUUUAGUUAAGUUUUUGCUAAGUUUAAUCAUUUUUGUGGACCAAAAUAAACAUUAAUUUAAGGCAAAA